UCGGAUGUGAGGCGUGUUCUCUGGGAUGGUCUGCGAUGGUGACUCCCAGCUGGAAGGCACCUUAACUUUAGCAGUCGCGCUCUGAGGCAUCCCUAGCGCUUUCGUUCCAUUCAGCCCGGGGAGGAAUAAUAUUGUUUCUUAUUUGCCUACUGUGCAAAGGAUGUUUACUUUUUUAAAGGCAGAUCGCGUUUGACUGAUGAUGUGGUAAGCAAGGAUUUAUGUGCAGCUAAAGACGCUUUGCAGUUAAACAGCUUAAGGGAAAUUUUGUAAGAAGAAAAAUAGUGAAUUUUAAUUCAUAUUUGUCUUUUGUUAGACUUGCGAUUAUGUGUGGUCUAUGUACUAUUUUAAUGGUUUAUUUACCUGAGAUAAUUAUGUUUGAGGUCAGAGAAAAUAUUAGGUUUCUUAUAAAUUAAAAAAAUUUUUAUUAAUAGUAAAAAUAAAUAAUAGAAAAACACUUAAUAAAUUCAUUGAAAAGUGGAUGAAAAACUGUUCAUUUACUCUCUUGAUAUAUUCCUUAGCAUAUAAAAUUAGACAUUAUCUCAAAAACUGAAGUUGUGCUUAGAAGGUAUUGUAUAUGUGAAAACUAUUUUAGCUAACAGUAGUUUAGUUUCUCAGUUCAACAGUCUUGUUGUCGUAGAAUAUUAAAUUCAGGAUCUCUUAACGCUCAUCAAAAUAUUUAUCGAUAUGUGUUAGAAAAUUUAAAGAAUUCUCAAGGGACUAUAAUGAAUAGCAUAAAUGUUUGAGAAUUGAUAUAAAGAAAGAAAAAAAAAAAAAGCAACAUAAUUUCUGAUUAAUUAAUUUUGAAAUUUUACUGAACUGAAAGAUCAAACUUUUCUUUUAACUUACAAUUCAAAGAAGUUACAAAAGUUAUCCUUUAAGAUCACGAUGAAAAUAACUUUAGUAGCCUUCCGGCAAAAAUUUUCUUACUGUACAAAGUAGAGUAAUGCUUUAAAAUUGUUAAUCACCGUUCCACUAGUAAAGCAAUUAAAGAUCAACGUGUUCUAAUACGCCAUAUAUGCUUCAUGGAAUCCUCUGCAGGCUUCAGACCGAUAAUGAACUCCAGUUUUAGCUACGCUUUGCCAAGCCACCUGUUUCCUCCACCUCCUUCGCUGACCAUGAGAGACCGCUCUUGUUCUCUGCCACACCAGAUGCUGCCAGACUUCACCGGACCUUUCCAUCUAGGAGCGUAUCAUGAAGUUCCAGGGCUUCCCUGUAGGACACCAUCGCCUCCUUCUGUUAUGGGAAUUAUCGGCAAUUCACCUUCGUCUCCAAGUGAUACUGGUAAUACUGAUGGACAAGACACAGCAGAUGAGCAUCCUCCAGCUAGCACUGAUGAUGAAUGUUCUUCAAGAGAUGUUAACGGACAUUCGGGCACCUCUCAUCGUGAUUCAAAGUCCAAUCACGAAGAUUAUAAUGACAAUAACAACGGACCUUCCUCACUUCUGAACAGCAGUAGCAACGGCAGCUCUAACAAGAAACAAUGUCGUCACGCUAAAUCCGUCCGCUUGAGCAUCAACGCCAGAGAAAGACGCAGGAUGCACGACCUGAAUGACGCCCUGGACGAGCUCCGCUCUGUCAUCCCCUACGCCCACUCUCCUUCGGUCCGCAAGUUAAGCAAGAUCGCCACCCUCCUUCUUGCCAAGAACUACAUACUCAUGCAGGCCAACGCCCUGGAGGAGAUGCGACGAAUCAUCUCCUUCAUGAACCAGGCGGGAGUGCCCCUGCCCCCCGCCGCAGCCGCUGCUGCCGCCGCCGCUGCAUCGCUCCCGGCACUCUCUGCGCCCUCAGACGGGGCUUAUCCUCAGCCGUCACCAGGAGGAGGGGUGCCGCCCCCGCCCCCGCCACCAACGGCAGCAGUAACCUACGGACUAAGCCCCAGAGGUGCUGGAGACAAAGAUCCUGGAGCCCCAGUACUUUUUCCUGGAGCUGCAUGUAAUCAGUGUGAUAGGGACAAACCUUGAUAUGCGAGAACUUUAAACUGUAAAAAAAGACUUGAAAUGCGUGUUAGAAAAGAAUCACCUCUGUGAAAAGACUCGUAAUGCGCUGAAUGUUUCACUUUCAAUGGUGGCUUGUAAAAUUACGAUUGAAAUUUAUUAAGGAACUGAUAAAUAAAAUGUUAGCAGUCAUAUAAA